CCAUUGAGAAGAGAGAGAGAGAGAGAGAGAGGGGCUGCUGUUUGUUCAUAAGUUUCCUUGUUCCAAGUAUUCCUAAAACACACACAGAGCAAAGAAAAGAACAUUCGGCCUCUUCAUCUUACCAGUCUCCUCUUCCCAUUGCAAAACCCUAAUUUCUCGUCUACAAAACCUAAUUGCAUCAUCCUCCACUCUAAAUCGCUCCCCGUUUCCUCUCUCCAAUUCCUUGUUUAUAUUUUCUGUUGCCAAAAUUUUCGUUGGUUUCUCCCUCCUUGGGAAGGAAGCCAUUGUUUCGUUUCGUUUCGUUUCGAGCGAUAAUCUCCGUCUGGGUUUGGUUUUGGUGUGUUCCUCCCUCCAUCUGAUGUGUCAAUUUCAUCUUAGGGAUUAGUGAUAGUCAUAUGUAAGAGACAAUUGUCCCUAGUUGUUAGGGUUAGAUCAGUGUAAGUCUCUUAUUGAUAGUGAUGAUGAUCUUCUAGCAUCAUUGGAACGAAUCAAUUGUUGUGGUGUUAGGUAGUUAGAGGCUAGAGAUUAGGACGAGAAUUGCCUUUUAUCUUUAUGGAGAAACGUGAACCCUCUUUGGUACCUGAAUGGUUAAGAAGUACAGGGAACGGUUCUAGUGUUGGGAGUAAAAAUCAUAUUCUAUCCUCUUCUGCUCGCUCAGAUUCUUCUUUGUUACUUAAUAAUAACAAGAGUAGGUCUCCUUUUCUUGAUCGGUCUUGUUCCACCAAUCCACGGAGGGGAUCUGCAAGAAAUGCAUAUAGUAAUUUCAAUGUUCAAAGGAGCAACAGAGAUAAAGAUCGUAGCAGCAGGGAAAAAGAUAUAGACCCAUGGGACCAUGACACUUGUUUCCCUUUCGGUACCUUCUUUAAUGAAGAGCAGUUAAGACGAUUUAAUUCAAUGACAACAAGGAAACAGGACGACCCCUUGUCUCAAGGUUUUUCAAUGGGUUUCAGUGAUGGUAGAAGCUUUUACAACAGAAAUGGUAUUCUUCCGGCAAAGACCUCUCAAGGUGGACCAGACGUUGUAAGAAUCUCAUCUCCUGCUCUAAGUCAGAACUUGACUGCUGGGGAAGGUUGGACCUCGGCUCUGGCUGAGGUUCCCAUUGUUAUUGACAGAAGUGCUUCUGAGUCUGUUGCUGCUAGUGUUGUUACUUCGAAUACCAUAACGGGACAGACUCGUAACAUGGCUGAAGCAGUGUCGCAGCCUCGUAGAACUGGUACACCUCCCCAGGGAUCUUCAAAGAUACAACGAGUUGAGGACAGAACUCUUAAGCUAAUACCGGUUCUUCCUUCUACACCAAAGGGCUCUGUUCUGAGCUCUUCUGAUAAAUCCAAGACUAAACCAAUGGCUCGAAGUGGUGAAAUUGGUCUUGCUUCUUUUAGAAAUACCCACCAGCAUUCCUCUAUUCGGCUAGGUAAUCUUCCUUCUAAUUCUGGUAGUCAGAUCAAGCCUGAUACUACUAAGAAGAUGGUGGUUCUCAAACCUGCCGUCAAAGAAUCUGCAAGUCCACGUCCCAUAAACAACACCCUGGCUGCUGCUAGCCAGAUGAUCGCUGCUCCAUCUGCACCAUCCACUACUUCUGCGCAAAGUACAAACAAUCCAAGGGAGCUCAAGGGAGCCUUGGUAAACAUACCACCAGAAAAGAAGCUUUCCCUUCCUCAAACUCAGAGCAAGAGCAGGAGUGCGUUUUUCAGUUCUUUGAAGAAGAAGACAUCUACUAACAUCUCAACUAGCGAUUGCAUCAUCUCUUCUGUCGAGGAAAAUGAAGACAUCUCUAAGGAGCUUGUAGCUAGUGACCCUUCAAGUGUAGAAACAGAUGACAUUGUCAUGGAAAGGGUCGAGAAAGUUUCUGAAGCUGACCCUUCGAGUGUAGAAACAGAUGACAUUGUCAUGGAAAGGGUCGAGAAAGUUUCUGAAGCUGCGGAGAGGGUUAGCGUUUUUGAACCGGCAGACCUUCCAGAUGGAGAAGAGGCUGAGUUCCUUAAAUCUCUUGGUUGGGACGAAAACAAUACUGAGGUUGUAGAAGCCAUUACAGAGGAGGAGAUCAAAGCCUUCUAUGAAGAGAACAAGGAGGUGAAGCCAUCACUGAUGCAAACGCUGCCUAUCAUUAAGGAGGCAACUGAGGACGCAACUCCCAACUCGUGAUCCGAUUUUGAAGAUAGUUUUCUCAUUUCUCUUUCCUUAUUUUUUUCCUUUUCUUUUUAGUUUUAUUACUGUGGUGGCGUGGACAAGAAGAUGGGGGAGGCUUUAGUUGCACUUUUGAGUGUUGUUCUACUUCAAGAGAAGCUACAAAAUGAGUAUUUGUACUUCUGUUGGUGUGAAGAUAGAGGUAGGUUUUGUUUUGCUAUAGCUUCCUUAGGUUUCUAAUGUUUGAUAUGAUGAGGGAAAGAUAAAACUUUGUUGGUGGUAUAAAGAAAAUUUAAAGGCUUUCGGUUUCUCUAAAAAUAUAAA